AUGCCCGAACGCGCAGCCCCCGCCGGUUUGAGUGCGAUCUGGCACGCGAUUGUCGCGCUGGUGGUUCGUUUCUUCGGCCGCCUCCGGCGCCUCCUCUCGCUCUACCCGUCGCUCCCGGUGGCGCCGCUCGCCGGCGGCGGCUUUGCAGACGGCCUGAUGGCUCCGACCGAGGAGGAGGCCGUGGCGAGGGCGGCGGCGCUGCAUUUCCCGCCCGGCUUCCUGUUUGGCUCUGCCACCGCCGCCUACCAGGUCGAGGGCGGUCUCGACAACUGCAACUGGCGCGAGUGGGAGCAGAGAGGGAAGCGUGCCGACGGCCACCCGACCGUCGAGGGCGGCCGCGGCGCCGGGGAGGCGUGCGACAUGUGGAACCGGUUCGAGGAGGACCUGGUCCACAUGAAGGCACUGGGGCUCGCCGUGUACCGCUUCUCCGUCGAGUGGUCCCGCGUCGAGCCCGAGGAGGGCCAGUUUGACGACGCGGCGCUCGAGCGUUACCGCGGGUGGUGCGUGCAGCUCCGCGAGGCCGCCGCGGCGGCGGGGAUCGAGCCGAUGGUGACGCUGCACCACUUCACCGAGCCAGCCUGGUUCUGCAAGAAGGGCGGCUGGGAGGUGCGGGAGAACGUCGCAAACUUCCGGCGCUUCACCGAGCGGGUGGACGACCUCAAGGGCCUCCUGCGCGUGAUCCGCCACCUGCUGCUCGCGCACCGGGAGGCGGCCGCCGCGAUCCGGGCUGGCUCAGCGUCGCUUCCGCGCGCGCCGUCGGUGCUGAUGGCGCUCAACCACAUCUGGUUCACGACGGACUCGUGGUCGCCGCUCGCCAACGCGACCGUCCUCGUCCUCAACGUCAUCUACAACUACUGCAUCCCCGACGCGCUCGUCACCGGCCGCUUCCCCAACUUCCCGCUCCCCUUCGACGCCUUGGCGUGCGCGUGCGGCUGGCGCGACGACCUCCGCUCCCUCGAGGGCAGCGUCGACCUGCUCGGCGUCAACCACUACUACCGCUCUCUCGUCUCCUGGGGGGUCGCGUCCGAGUCGGACGCGCCGCCGAGCCCGUCGGACCUCUUCCUCAAGCUGCCUCUCGGGCUCGUGAUGCGCGCCAACUUCAUCGCCGGCUUCGAGAAGAGCGACAUGGGCUGGGACCUGACGCCCUCGUCGCUCCAGUGGCUGCUCCAGGCGCUGUGGGACCGCUACCACGUGCCGCUCUUCAUCACCGAGUCGGGGCUCGCAGACGGCGACGGGACAGAGUUUCGACGCACGCGCUACCUCUCCGCUUGCCUGGCGGCGAUCGCGGAGCUCGUCGCGAAGGGCGUCGAUGUCCGCGGCUACCUCGUCUGGACGCUCCUCGACAACUUCGAGUGGGCCGAGGGCUUCCGGCCGCGCUUCGGCAUCAUCCACAACUGCUUCGACACGCAGGCAACCUCCGCCCCGCCCGACCCGCACCUCGCUGGCAGCUAG